CCUGGGCCUGGCGGGACGAGGGAGCCCUCGGGACGGCGGCUGGAGCCCGCGGUCCGGACUCCUGUGCACGGAGCGAGCAGUGCUGCCCCCCGCCCCCCGCCCCCCGCCCGGGGCAGGCUCAGGAUGCGGCCGGGACGCGCAGGGGGCGCGCCGCUGCGGCUGCUGCUGGUGCUCGGUCAAGGCAUUUUAAAUUGUUGUAUGGCAUACAAUGUUGGUCUCCUAGAAGCAAAGAUAUUUUCCGGUCCUUCAAGUGAACAGUUUGGCUAUGCAGUCCAGCAGUUUAUAAAUCCAAAAGGCAACUGGUUACUGGUUGGUUCACCUUGGAGUGGCUUUCCUGAAAACCGAAUGGGAGAUGUGUAUAAAUGUCCUAUUGAUUUGUCCGCUGCUACAUGUGAAAAACUGAAUUUGGAAACUGCCACAAGCAUUCCCAAUGUUACCGAAAUGAAAACCAACAUGAGCCUUGGCUUGACACUCACAAGGAACAUGGGAACCGGAGGAUUUCUUACGUGUGGUCCCCUGUGGGCACAGCAGUGUGGAAGCCAAUACUACGCCACCGGUGUUUGUUCUGAUGUCAGUCCCGAUUUUCAGAUCUUGACCAGCUUUGCACCUGCAGCCCAGACUUGCCCUUCCCUCAUAGAUGUUGUGGUUGUAUGUGAUGAAUCAAACAGUAUCUAUCCCUGGGAAGCAGUAAAGAAUUUUUUGGAAAAAUUUGUCCAAGGCCUGGAUAUAGGCCCCAAAAAAACACAGGUGGGGUUAAUUCAGUAUGCCAACAAACCAAGAGUUGUAUUUAACCUGAACACUUUCAAAACCAAAGCUGAAAUGACUGAAGCAACAUCCCAGACAUACCAAUAUGGUGGAGACCUCACAAAUACAUUCAAAGCAAUUCAAUAUGCAAAAGAUUUUGCUUAUGCAGCAGCUGCUGGAGGACGACCAGGUGCCACCAAAGUAAUGGUGGUUGUAACUGAUGGUGAAUCACAUGAUGGUUCAAUGUUGAAAGCGGUGAUUGAUCAAUGCAACAAUGACAAUAUACUGAGGUUUGGCAUAGCAGUUCUUGGGUACUUAAACAGAAAUGCCCUUGAUACUAAGAAUUUAAUAAAAGAAAUUAAAGCAAUUGCCAGUAUUCCAACAGAAAGAUAUUUUUUCAACGUGUCUGAUGAAGCAGCUCUAUUAGAAAAGGCUGGAACACUGGGAGAACAAAUUUUUAGCAUUGAAGGUACUAUUCAAGGAGGAGACAACUUCCAGAUGGAAAUGUCACAAGUGGGAUUCAGUGCAGAUUACUCUCCUCAAAAGGAUAUUCUGAUGCUGGGUGCAGUAGGAGCUUAUGGCUGGAGCGGGACUGUUGUCCAGCAGACAUCUCAUGGACAUUUUAUCUUUCCUAAACAAGCCUUUGACCAAAUUCUGCAAGAUAAAAAUCACAGUUCAUAUUUAGGUUACUCGGUGGCUGCAAUUUCUACUGGAAAAGACAUCCACUUUGUUGCUGGUGCUCCUCGGGCAAAUUAUACUGGCCAGAUAGUGCUAUACAGUGUUGAUGAGAAUGGCAAUGUCACAGUUAUUCAGGCUCACCGAGGUGACCAGAUUGGCUCCUAUUUUGGCAGUGUGCUGUGCUCAGUCGAUGUGAAUAAAGACACCAUUACAGAUGUACUCUUGGUGGGUGCACCAAUGUACAUGAAUGACCUAAAGAAAGAAGAAGGAAAAGUCUACCUGUUUACUAUAACAAAGGGCGUUUUGAAUUGGCACCAGUUUCUCGAAGGCCCCAAUGGUGUUGAAAAUGCUCGGUUUGGUUCAGCAAUUGCAGCUCUUUCAGAUAUCAAUAUGGAUGGCUUUAAUGAUGUAAUAGUUGGUUCGCCUUUGGAAAAUCAGAACUCUGGGGCUGUGUAUAUCUACAAUGGUCACGAGGGCACCAUUCGCAUGAGAUAUUCCCAGAAAAUCUUGGGAUCCAAUGGAGCCUUUAGGAGCCAGCUCCAGUACUUUGGGAGAUCUUUGGAUGGCUAUGGUGAUUUAAAUGGGGAUUCCAUCACUGACGUGUCCAUUGGUGCCUUUGGGCAAGUGGUUCAGCUCUGGUCACAAAGCAUUGCUGAUGUAUCUGUGGAUGCUUCAUUCACACCAGAUAAAAUUACUUUGUUCAACAAGAAUGCUGACAUAACACUCAAGCUCUGUUUCAGCGCCAAGUUUAGACCUACUAAGCAGAACGAUCAAGUGGCCAUUAUAUACAAUAUCACAAUUGAUGCAAACUUAUAUUCAUCCAGAGUAACCUCCAGAGGUUUAUUUAAAGAAAAUAAUGAAAGGUGUUUGCAAAAGAAUAUGCUCAUAAGUCAAGCACAGAGUUGCGCUGAGUACACCAUCAACAUACAGAAGCCCUCUGAUGUUGUCAACUCUUUGGAUCUGUAUGUGAACAUCAGCCUGGAACACCCUGGCACCAGCCCUGCCCUCGAAGCCUACUCUGAAAAGGCCAAAGUCUUCAGUAUCCCUUUCUACAAGGACUGUGGGGAUGAUGGAGUUUGCAUCUCAGAUCUAGUUCUGAAUGUCCAACAUCUGUCAGCUACUCAAGAUCAACCUUUUAUUGUCAGCAACCAAAACAGAAGGUUAACAUUUUCAAUAACCCUGAAAAACAAAAGGGAAAGUGCAUACAACACUAGAAUUGUUGUGGAUUUUUCAGAAAAUUUGUUUUUUGCUUCCUGGUCCAUGCCGGUUGAUGGGACAGAAGUAACAUGCCAGAUUGCUUCAUCUCAGAAGACUGUCACCUGUGAUGUAGGCUACCCUGCUUUGAAGAGGGAGCAACAGGUGACUUUCACUAUUAACUUUGACUUCAAUCUUCAAAACCUUCAGAAUCAGGCAUCUGUCAGUUUCCAAGCCUUAAGCGAAAGCUAUGAAGAGAACAAGGCAGAUAAUUUGGUCAACUUCAAAACUCCCCUGCGGUACGACGCCGAUAUUCACAUAACAAGAUCCACCAACAUAAAUUUUUAUGAAGUCUCUUCAGAUGGGAAUGUUCCUUCUAUCGUGCACAGUUAUGAAGAUAUUGGUCCAAAAUUCAUCUUCUCCAUUAAGGUAACAACAGGAAGUGUUCCAGUAAGCAUGGCAUCUGUAAUCAUCCACAUCCCUCAAUACACCAAAGAAAAGAACCCAUUAAUGUAUCUGACUGAGGUGCACGCAGAUCAGGCCGGUGACAUCAGUUGUAAUGCCAAAAUAAAUCCACUGAAAAUCGGACAUACAUCUCCUUCUGUGUAUUUCAAGAAUGAAAAUUUCCGGCACAUAAAAGACUUGAACUGCAGAACUGCUUCAUGUAGCAAUGUUACCUGCUGGCUGAAAGACCUCCAGGUCAAAGGAGAGUACUUCCUUAACGUGUCUACCAGAAUUUGGAACGGGACUUUUGCAGCAUCAACUUUCCAGACUGUUCAGCUGACAGCAUCUGCAGAAAUCGACACCUAUAACCCUCAGAUAUAUGUGAUCGAAGAAAACACAGUCACGAUUCCCAUCACGAUAAUGAAACCCCAUGAGAAAGCUGAAGUACCUACUGGAGUUAUAAUAGGAAGCGUAAUUGCUGGAAUAAUUUUGCUAUUAGCUCUGGUUGCAGUUUUAUGGAAGCUUGGCUUCUUCAAAAGAAAAUAUGAAAAAAUGUCCAAAAAUGCAGAUGAGAUUGAUGAGACCACAGAACUCAACAGCUGAGCCCCGGCCAACUCCCUGCAGUGCAAGCUAGCAGCACCGCAACCCAGGGUUUGCGAUUCGCAUAAGUGGAUUUUAUUUUUAAUCCCAGUGUUUAAUGUGUAAUUGGGUAAACUAGCCUGUUAUUUUACGAAAACUGCAGGUCAGUUUGGAAAGAAGAAAUUGGGGGAUUGGGGGUGGCUAGAAGUAUAACGGGUAAAAGAUUUAUUUUAUAUUGGGGGGGAGGGAAAGUGAUCUUUCCACUGGCUGGUCCAGAGUUUACAUUAUAACGUGCAUUGUGUCAGAAACAUGAAAUGCUUCCAAACAUGAGAAGUCUUAAAGAAAAAUAUACCCUUUCUUAGAUUUGGGGGGGGGGGCACUCCAACCAUUGAAAGUGAUUGUUUUUAAACAGUAACAACAAAAGUGGAAGGACCUGACAUAGAUACAGAAUUAGUUUGGAUAUUGAUGUAGAAAAAAAAAAAAAAAACAGGUCUUCAACUUAUGCUGCUCAUCUAAAGCUGCCACAGGUUAUUUCAAGUGAUAAUUUUGUUAAUAAAGCAGGGUGAAACUUGCUGUUGUCAGCCUGGAGCUGCCUCCUCAGUCCCUUGUUUGGUAGGAUGUACUUAUCAAAACAUGCUUGGUUGGAUACCUGGUAGUAACCCAGGGUAUGCUUCCUAGAGAAGAAACCUCUGUUUAAGGCGGGGGGUGGGGAGGGUAGUUUUGAAGUCAAAGCACAAAUUUUUGUUUAAAAUCUUUAAUAUCACAACACUUAUAGUAAAAUCCUAGCUGCCAGAGGAUGUAGGAAGUUUCCUUUCUCCUUCAGGAUGUCCACCUGACUGAUGUGACUGGAUGGUAGGGACCUAGUUUGAAUUUUUGGAAGAGGAAUAAUUUCUUUGCCAUCCUUCCUCCUUCCAUACUAAACCACUCUCCCGCCUCCUGGUGUGCCUGUCUUCCAGAAGCCACCUGAGGCAUGCCUUUCUCUCCAAGCAAUUCAGAGUUAGCCACCUUCCCUUGGCCCUCGUCCAAAUCUCCCAUUCGUUGGAGCAGCUGCUCUACACCAGGUGUGAGGAAGAGAAAUCCUCUCACAUAUUUACAUGAAUAAUCCCCUUGACUCCAGGGAGCUAUUUUCAUUUACUGCUAAACAGGUAAGAAAUAUAAGCCAGAGUUAAUUUCUAAUUAUUGAAGUUUAGACAGUGUAAACAAGUUUAAAAAAGCCUCAGGAAUUUGCAAGCAACUACAAGGAGACAUUGAAAACCACCAAAUUAACAGGUACACCCUCUGUGUUUGUGUGUUGUUGGAGGACUUAUAUGUCCAGAAUGACUCCCCCCGGGCAAGUUUGCUCAGUAGGUAGCUUGCUACAUCCCAACUCCUGAGACAUUUGGUCAGACAGGGAUGACAUGCACUACUAGUCCGUAUUUUAACAAGCAUCCUAGUCACUGAUGGGAAUGAACUAUCUUGGGAAACACCACCGAUUUCUCCUUCUACACUUUCUUUUGUUUCUGAGCCCAUACAUUCUCCAGGAGGGAGAAGGGCCCAAGCAAAGCCAGUAGAGGGUUAUUUUAUGUCAGAAACUGCAAACCUAAAGCUUUGGUCAAGUCACUUGGCCUCUUUACACUGCAGUGUCCUCAUUAUAAAAUAGGAAGGAGGGAUCCCUGGGUGGCGCAGCGGUUUAGCACCUGCCUUUGGCCCAGGGAGCGAUCCUGGAGACCCAGGAUCGAGUCCCACGUCGGGCUCCCGGUGCAUGGAGCCUGCUUCUCCCUCUGCCUAUGUCUCUGCCUCUCUCUAUGUGUGACUAUCAUAAAUAAAUAAAUCAAAAAAAUUAAAAUAGGAAGGCUGUGUUGGAGCUCAGCAGCAAUGCUUCUAGCUUUAAAAGUCUAUGAUCUGGAUUUCCUAUAACUAGACAAUCCUCCAAAAACCUGACUUUGAAAACAGGUCUAUGCUUGUGUGCCUCUGGCCCCGACAGCCUUCCUGGCCCCAACUCCUAUAAGCUAUCUAGAGCUACCUGCACUGUUUAGUGAUUUAUUUUGUAUUUGACAAAGCAAAACGAGGGGAAAAAGUUAGCCAUAAAAUAUCAGGGGUUUGUAGCAAAAACACAGUAUCCUCUAGAUGGGCUAGAGCCCAAUUCUUAAAACAGCUGUGUGGACACUGAGUCCAAAACUUCUUUUAAAAAGAGUGGAGGAAAAACAUCACUAAGUCAAAGAAUAUUUCAUAAACCAUGUAACUACUGUAUACAUAAACACACUAGUUCUUCAGGGUGCUAUAAAAGAACUCCAACAGGUCUUUCAUCUUAUUUUGCCUCACCUUUCUUACUGAACUUGGUCACAUACCCACGGUGAGCAGCAGAGUCUUAGCCAUGCCACGGCUUAGGUAAUCUACCUUGUUGGCAUUGUCUCCAUGAAGUAGUUGUAUUACUAUAAACCAAAAAAUUAGCCACUUGUCUCUGUACCAUUUAUUACACUAGCACAGGGUUUCUCAGCCUUGGCACUACUGACUCAAGGGCCUAGGUAAUUCAUUCUGGCAAGGGACGACUGUCCUUCGCAUGAUAGAAUGAUUACCAUCCCUGGCACUUCUAAGUUGUGACAAUCAAAAAAUAUCUCCAGAUGCUGUAUCACGUCUCCUGGGAGGCAAAAUCCCCCCAAUUGAGAACCCUGCUGCACUAUAAGCGAGUGCUCUAAGUACACAACUUCUGUCAUCAGAUCACAAGUUUGAGGCAGGGGCUCUAAUGAGUAUUUCUCAAGCCCUUUUAAGCAAAGGCAAAUACUUAUCCAAGCAAUUUAAAGAAAAACAAAAUCCAAUGCUUGAAAAAAAGUUAUGUAUUCCUGUUCAGCCAUACUUUUAAAAGUAUGAUAUGGGGUCUAAAAGAUACCAUCUUAAAGUUUCCAUUUCAUAAAUGGCAUAUAGACAAGAUCUGUAGAAUGUAAUUAAAAACAGAGUUGCUUCAUGCAUAGCUGCCCCACAAGCCAUUUGUAAAAUACUGUGUAUCAUUCAUUUUAGCAGCAAAAGGAGAACUCCCAACUGGAAAGAAAUUUUUCUGGCUGGCAGUGUUUUUAUAAAAUAGAAGUUAUCUAUUAACUGUGAAAACUAAAACCAAUCUAUCAUAAUCACAUUAAGUGAUUAUACUAAAAGUUAUUAUAAAAGGUAUAAAUUUAUAAUGUAUUUAUCUAUUCUGAUAUACAGCUAUAAGUUAAUAUAUUUAAAAUCUCAUCAGUUAAGACAUUAAAUAGAAAGCAAGAUCCCUCAAACUGAGCACCCUGGCCCAUCUUUGCUAUUUCAGUUUGCACACAGAAAAUACCUGCAUCCACGACUAUUCAGGACUCUGCCCUUCAUGUACAUUAAUGCAGAUCCAUUUUAAACAAUUUUAGAGACUAAACAUCUAGAGGUAAAAGAUAAACACGAGGGUAAAGUUUAAAAUAACUUUAAACCUUAAAUAAUGAAAAUGUAGCCAUAUGUAAAUAUAAAAAGAUGGUUUCAUCUGUACCAGGUUUAUCUUGGCAGAUAAAGUCAAAAUAAAAAUGUAUAUAUAUUGCACAACUAUGUUAGAAUUGUAUAUUUCUUAAAGAACAAUGGUCUUGGUAUUUUCUUUCAUGUAAAGUAUAAAUCUUUAAGAUGUAAUAAGUAUAUUUGCUUUUUGUAACUGGUUUUUGCCUUUUUUCCCCUCUCCUCCAAAAAUAUAAAAAUGUAUGCAUGUUCAUCAAGUUGCACAUUUCUGAAAAACGAACUGGAAAAGUAAUCAACAUUAGUAUGAGAAAAACUCAACUAUGAAAAUCAAAAGUGUUAUUUAAUUGUAAACCACUCUUCAUACAUCAAUAAAUUAUAAUUAAAAUUGUUUUAAAAACAAAGCUA